CUUUGUUCUCAUUUAUCCUGACGCCUCCUCAAAGGAAGCAUCUAGUCGCUUCCCGUAGGGUUCUCUUUCUAUCAUUAUCAUCUCUCUCUCUCUCUCUACACUUCUAUAAUUCCUCCCGCUCUCUGAACGCCAAGCAAAGAGAAAGGCACCGACGUACAACUCUCCCUCUCAAGAGAAAACCGACGAUGAGCCGUCAUCCUACGGUAAAGUGGGCCCAGGGACAUGAUAAGGUGUACAUCACCAUUGAGCUACCAGAUGCCAAAGAUGUGAAGUUUAAACUGGAGCCAGAGGGGAAAUUCUUCUUUUCUGCCACGAGUGGCGUAGACAACAUACCUUACGAAAUAGAUAUGGAUCUCUAUGAGAAAGUUGAUGUAAAUGAGAGCAUGGCUAAUGUUGGCUUGAGAAACAUCUGCUACCUUAUAAAGAAGGCAGAGAAUAAAUGGUGGAGCAGACUGUUGAAGCAGGAAGGAAAACCACCCAUCUUUUUGAAAGUUGAUUGGGAUAAAUGGGUUGAUGAAGAUGAGGGGCAGGAUAGUAAAAGUGGAGCGGAUAUGGACUUUGGUGACAUUGACUUCUCGAAGCUUAACAUGGGUGGUGGAGAUUUUGACAGUGAUGGUGCUGACGUUGAUGAAGGAGAUGAUGACAGUGACACUGAAGAGGAGAAUGUGGAUGAAGUAUCCGGCAAGAAGAAUGGCAAAGGAGCUGCACCUGCUAUUGGUGAACAUGGGGCAAAAGCUUGAAGUUUCCCCUUCUACAGCAGUUCUACUGUUUCUAGAACUUUAUUUCUGCUCCUGGUUUCACUUUGUUUUACUUCUACCUAGUCUCCCUUUAGAAUGGGCGUUUCACAAUCAAAGUAGAGAAUAGAGAUAUCUGCUUGUUUAAAUGAGCAUUUCCAUUUAAGAUCUUGAGCAUGGUGUUCUCAAAGCGCAUCACAGCACUUUUUCCCGUGAAAAAGAUGAAACAAAAGAAAUUUAGACGGGGAAUUUACAAAGACUGAAACAAUAAAAGCGGAAGCCUCCAUUCCGCAAUUGAUU